AUGAGGCUACCCAGAAGGGUCCCGUGGGCGUCUCUCGCUGAACUCGAUCAGGUCUGUGCAGCUAUUUAUGGAGACGAGAAUGACGUUGACGCAAAGAUAUUCGCCAUAAACAGGAUUGCCGCAUGGAAAGCCGUUACGGCGCUUCCUCAUGCCGUCGAAUCGACGCUUGCCUUUCUGGUAGUCAUCAUCGAAGAUACCAAGCAGGGUGCCACUCCUCCGAUUCUUCUCCGCCACAGCUAUGCCGCUGCUGUUAUCAGACUGGUCAAUGGACUCGUAGAUCCUCUACAAGUUGGGACGUACGCGCGUUCAAUUUCGGCCAUUGCUCAACAGCUUGGCCUGCCGAACUGGCUGGUGGAACUUAGACACGCUGCAACUCACGAGGACCUUCCUAGCUUGAGUCUUUUACAAGAAGCAGCGAGGCAGUCCAUGUCAUGGCUUCUACACAACUAUUACCUCCCUAUCUUGAACCCCGUCUCCACUCGACUGACCACUUCAGCACCACCUCUUCGCCCACUCGCCCCAAUGCUCAAGUUCUACAAGAACACAAUGAAGUCCAUUACACGAGACGUGUCUCUUAUGUCACAGCUCAAGCCCAAAAUCGUCGGUAUCCUCAGGGACCUCGAACGUUGGAUAGCGGAAUGCAGAGUCACUGCGAAUGUUGCUGUCGGAGAAGUGGGUUGGUAUGCAGGACAAACCGACGGAGCGGACACUGACGCGAAAGAGACCUGGGCGCUGGAGAGAUUCUGCGAUGGGUUGGCUGAGAAGGGAAUGCUUGUCCCGCUUUCCAAGAAAAAACGUCAACUGGCGGGCGAGGACCUCUUGCCGAAUAAGUCAUCUGUCGCUUUCUGGGACCCUCUACUGCAACACGUUCAAACCAUCCAUGUCGAUUUCCCUUAUGUCCUUUGCCGACGGUUGGUGUCCACCCUGCUAACGGCAAACACCUCGCCUGAGGCACCAACAACGGACGCUUCCUACGACAUGUUUCUCGCGUCUUGGGUAAUAUGGACUAUCGAGACAUGGCAAGACACGUCCAGUGUCUACCUCGAUCUCAAAUGGGAAACGGUGGUGCACUUAAUGAAAGGGCUAGGUUGCGAGUCCCCUCUUGCAUCUCGAAACCGUUCAGCCAUCUCUGCUCUCCUCAAGAACCUAACUUCUGGUCAAGAAGAACUGGAGUCGGUAACAUCCUUACUACUUCGACCAAACACUCAACUUUCAGGGCCUGAGUGGAAUCCUAGUGAUUUGCAUGUGAUGGAGGAGCGAAAUAAACUCCUCCAGUUGACCAUGCUGGAACCAUUAUCGAAUUCAAAACAAUCGAACUCGUCCCCACAGGAAUCAAGUCAGGACAUCGCCAUUCCAGGUUGUUUGUAG